AUGUUUUGGUUAAUUCUGGCAGCCUUGGCUGCCCUUUUAAUAUGGUAUCAUUUCGUAAGACCCAUGACCCAUUUCAAAAGGAUGGGCGUAAAACAAACGGCAGUUUGGCCCUUGAUGGGAAACCAAUGGGAACUUUUACUAAAAAAAACUAGCUUUGCUGAAUCCGUCAAAAGCAUUUACGAUAUGUAUCCCAAAGAAAGAUACAUGGGUUACUAUCAAUUUUCCCUUCCAAUAUUAAUCCUUAAAGAUCCUGAAUUGAUCAAGCAAUUGACUGUUAAGGAUUUCGAUCAUUUCACUGAUCACAGGCCCUUUGUCAAUCCCGAAACCGACCCUUUGUGGAGCAACAACUUAUUUUCUUUAACAGGUCAAAAAUGGAAAGAAAUGCGUGCAACUCUCAGUGGAACUUUUACCAGUAGCAAAAUGAAACACAUGUUUGGAAAUAUCAAUGAAGCAGCUCAAAAUUUCGUUGAACAUUUCGUUAAAAAGAACCAACAAAUGUUCGAAAUCGAAAUGAAAGAUACCUUUACUAGGUAUACGAACGAUGUGAUUGCGACCACUGCGUUUGGGCUUAAAGUGGACUCGCUGGAAAAUCCUGAAAAUGAUUUUUACAUGAUGGGAAAACGAGUGACGAAUUUUAGCAAUUUCAAAACUCAGUUGAAGUUUAUUUUGUUUUUUCUUACGCCAAGAUUGUUCAAGUACUUGGACUUAUCAAUAUUUCCAAGACAAGUGACGAUUUUUUUCCAAACCAUCAUCCACGACACCAUUAAAGUGAGACAGGAAAACAACAUUAUAAGACAAGACAUGAUCAAUUUGCUUUUGGAAGCCAGAAAAGGCAUUAAAAACGAGGAAAACGAUGUUGGUGAUACUGGUUUUGCUACAGUCAAAGAAUCUGAUCAAUUAGAUAAAUAUAAACCCAAACAACUUAAACAACUAUCAAACGACGAUAUAACAUCGCAAGCCCUAAUUUUCUUUAUUGCUGGCUUUGACACGAUAUCGACAGCCCUUUGUUUCGGUGCUUACGAGUUGGCAACGAACAAAGAAGUUCAAGACAAAUUGAGGCAAGAAAUAAACAAAGAGCACAAGAACGGAAAUUUGACUUACGAUGGCUUAUUGAAAAUGAAAUACUUGGACAUGGUGUUUUCAGAAAUUUUAAGAAAAUGGCCUCCAACAGUAAUGAUAGACAGAGUGUGCACAAAACCUUACACAAUCCAACCUGUAAAUGCCAACGAAAAACCUGUACACUUAAAACCAGGUGACACCCUGUGGCUUCCAAUGCACGGCCUUCACAGGGACCCUUCCUUUUUCCCGAAUCCAGAAAAAUUCGAUCCAGAAAGGUUUUCCGAUGAAAACAAACAGAGCAUCAACCCUUAUGCUUAUAUACCCUUUGGAAGUGGACCUAGGAAUUGUAUUGGGUCAAGAUUUGCAAUUUUAGAAGCCAAAGCGAUGCUUUAUCAUUUACUGUUGAAUUUUGAAAUUGUGCCGGUUGGUAAAACGGUAGUACCUUUGAAGUUGCUGAAAGGUACUGUACAGCAUACAGCUGAAAAUGGAUUUUGGUUGGGAUUGAAAAGAAUCCAGCAAUAA